CUCUUACACAACUUAUGUGUCUACAGUCUGCAUGGGGCUCCUUUUUAGUUUGUCUUUGAAUUGAAUUGAAUUGUUAUCUAACACUUUAAAAGCACCUGCCAGUGGCCCAAAUGGAAACACUGCUGGAACAUAUAUUUUUUAAUACUUGCUGCUCUAUUCGAUGCAUUCGUUGCCGUCCACUAUUUUUGUCCCAUAGCUAGCCCCGUACUUCUAUUUACGUAUUACAGCGCGGACUCUUGUGUUCAGAUUAAAAUCGUACAUAGAUCAUUCCGAGCGUCGUCGAGAUGAGUCUGAGAAAGCAAACCCCGAGUGAUUUCCUAAAGCAGAUCAUUGGAAGACCUGUAGUGGUAAAACUGAACUCCGGCGUGGAUUACAGAGGUGUUCUGGCAUGCUUGGACGGCUACAUGAAUAUCGCUAUAGAGCAAACGGAAGAGUAUGUGAACGGUCAACUGAAGAACAAGUAUGGAGAUGCAUUUCUGAGGGGAAACAAUGUUCUAUACAUCAGCACCCAGAAGAGGAAAGUUUAAUGUGGAGCAUUUUUAUUUUGUGCUUAUUUUAUUUUGAUUGUUCAAACAUGGUUAUGUUAAGUGGUAGUCGUGUAAAGUUUUUCUAAUGAUGCCGCCAUGGAAGAGUGUUUCCUUUUUUGUAAUUACAAAUCAAUAAAUUCUGAGUUGUUCUUUA